GGGGGUAACACAAGGGCAGUGGGGGUGGGGGAGAGGCCCCUCUCGCACUUUUUAUUUGGCCUCUCUGGUUGCGAGGAGGAUUUUGACAGAGGGGGGGAGGGGGGGGGCUGUGUCCAUGGUGAAGCUGGAGCUGUAGGGAUGUGCUCGCUGGAAGACAUUCGGAGCAGAUAUGGACUACACCUGCGGGUCUGGCAGAACGACUACCGAGAACUUGAGGCAGAGAUCCGCAAGCACCACAUUGAGGAGGUGGAUCCCAGGGGCCGGACGGCCCUGCACCUCGCCAUCUCGCUGGGCCAUCUGGAGUGUGCAACGGUGCUGCUGAGGAACAACGCCUCAGUCACCAAGGAGAACGCCAAGGGAUGGACAGUGCUUCAGGAGGCGAUCAGCACAGGAGACCCUGACCUGGUGAUGAUGGUCCUACAGUAUCGGGACUACGAUCGAGUCAACUCGCAGCUGAACGGCGUCCCAGAGCUGCUCAGCAAGAUACAGAAGGCUUCUGACUUCUAUGUGGAGAUGAAGUGGGAAUUCACCAGCUGGAUUCCACUGGUAUCCAAGAUGUGCCCGAGUGAUGUGUACCGCGUGUGGAAGAGCGGUGCUAACCUGCGGGUUGACACCACUUUGCUGAACUUUGACAACAUGCGGUGGGAAAGAGGGCGUCGCAGCUACAUGUUCAAAGGAGAGGCGGGCUGGGCAGAGUUCGUGGAAGUGGAUCACGAUAACCAGGUGGUCAACCGAGAGCACUUUGAGCUUUCUCAGGAGAGAGAGGGUCUCACACUGACGUCUGUGAGGCCCACCGAGGACCAGGUGGCAAGUCGGCUGACAACCCCCAUUGUGUGCACCGCCCUUGACACAAAAAACAUCUCCUUCGAGAGGAACAAGUCUGGAUUCUGGGGCUGGAGAACAGAUAAAACUGAGGUUGUCCAGGAGUAUGAAGCCAAGGUGUUCACUGUCAACAACGUCAACGUGGUAACGCGGAGCAGGACAGAGCACCUGACUGAGGAAGAAAAAGCCAAAUAUAAAGACAAUAGAAAUCCCCUGGAAUCUCUGCUGGGAAUCGCAGAGGAGCACAUUGGCCCACAGAACGGGGUUGUCACAGAAACCGCCACCGUCAAUAACCCCACGUCCAUCACCCCAGAGGAAUAUUUUGACCCGGAGUUCGAGCUCGGAAACCGGGACAUCGGCAGACCCACGGAGCUCUGCAUCAAGUCUCGCAAGUUCAAGGCCACCCUGUGGCUCUGCGAGGAUUACCCGCUCUCCCUGACGGAGCAAGUCAUUCCCAUCAUCAACCUCAUGGCCAGGAGCAGCGCUCACUUCGCCAAACUCCGGGAUUUCAUCACCCUGCAGUUCCCGCCAGGAUUCCCUGUCAAAAUAGAAAUUCCUCUCUUCCACGUGCUGAACGCGCGCAUUACGUUCGGGAACGUGAACACGUGCAGGACUGUGGAGGCAGCGUCGCCCACACCGAAGUCCUCGCAGGCUGAAUCCACAACCAGUGCUUCAGAAGACUCAAAGUUUGAAGUCGAUCAGUCUGUGUUUGACAUCCCGGCCAGUUACCAUGUCCGAGGUGGGAGCAGGACCUCGGCGCUCCGGGACGAGGAUGAUCAACUGGUCCAAUUCGCAAUCCAGCAAAGUCUCCUGGAAUCCCACCAGGGGGAGGGGGACCUAUCUCCCACUGCGACCUCCCAGUCCGAGGACAACUUUGACCUUUGGGCCAGCAGGCCGGUGAAUGGGAGUCCAGGGACAGCAAUCCCCUCGACCAGCUCCUACGACACCCAGCUGCGGCUCGCAAUGGACCUGUCGGCCCGGGAGGAGCAUGAACAGGAACAGAGGCGGUUGCAGGAAGAAGCUGAACUGGAGCGCAUCCUGCAGCUCUCUCUCACCGAGAAAUGACCCCCAGCCCCCGCGCGGAUCGCUAAUGACACGCGUGUGCAGCCAUGGUGCUGCACGGACCGCAAUCGGCACGCGUGUGCAGUGACGACGCUGCACAGACCGCAAUUGACAAACAUGUGCAGUGACUCCACUGCAUCGGACUGGUAUUGACAUGCGUGUGCGGUGACAGCUCCAUACAGAACCGCUAUUUAUACAUGUGACAGCCCCACACUGAACAUGACUGUCACACGUGCACAGUGACAGAGCUGCACAGACAAGUAUUGACACAUGUGCACAGUGACAGCCCCACACAGACCACUAUUGACACACAUACAGUAACAGCCCCACACAGACCGCUACUCACAUGUGUGCCCCAUGACAGCACUGGAUGAUCACUAUUUGACACGCGUGCACAGAGACAGCUCCGGGCGGACCGCUGUUAACCUGCGUGCACGGCACUUUAAGACCUUAAAAUGAAUCCAGCUUUUUUUAAAAAAAGUAUAUUUUUCCAUUUUUUUUCUCUAAGCAAAACAAGUGAUUUUUGAUGCUAGUUGGAGUCACUUGACUGUUUUGCUUUUUCCCUCUUCUCUCCCCCUCCACCCCAUCCUGGGUAUAAUAAAUGGCGAGAGAAAUGUAACAACGGGAAUAGUACCACCCCCACACAUAAAGCGGAAUGGAAAAUGUCUUACAAGGCCUUUGUACCUUGUUUUAUUGCUUGCAAUGAGAAAAAAUUACAAAUCAUCUGACCAGACCUGACGAUGGUGCUCGAGACAUUGCCCCUUCUGUUGCAAGUGAGACAAUAUUUUAGCUACUUCACUAAAGAACCAGAGACCUCCCUCUUGUUCCAUUCUCCAAGUGCGGACUUGCACUCGCCAGGAUGUGCGUGCAGACACAAUAUUUAUGUUUUAGAUAAUAUUCUGCAGUGUGUAUGCAAGAGGACAACUAUGAAGGCGUCUGUGCCUGUGGCAACAGAAUUGACCAUGGGAGGGUGAGUUGCAACUUGGAUUUGCAAAAGUUUGUGUUAAUCCCUAAUCCUGUCAGCAACCAGAUAUGAUUCACGCUGCCUUACGGGAAUCCUGCUUGCACUCCAUCCCCUCCCUAGUUUGAGUGGGAUUCCUGUGUGUAUAUAUAUCCAGUUACCAGCAGGAUAGGAUAUUUUUGAUCUGUUGCGAAUACUGCGAUUUUGAACCCAACAGACACCAGAUAGCGCUUUGCGGAAGCUUGUGAGAGCUCGACUCGGGGCAGAGUCCAGCUGACACUCUGCGCGUGAUUGACCUUUAUUAAAGUGGUUUGCUCCCCAAACAUCACACUCACAGCAAGCCUAGCUUUAACCUUUUCUACAUCACAAUGAGUUAAUUAUCUUCUUUGGUGAAAUACAACCUCAUCUGAAGACUUUUAAAUUUGUGCAGGUGGGUGGUGCUGGUUGUAUGUGUUUGUGUGUGUGUGUGUGUGUGUAUGUGUGAAGGGGGUGGGGGGGAGCGGGGGAGAGAAUAUAGCCUGGGCAAAGGAAUGUUCUUGGAACUUGACCAAAUAGUUACUUAAGUAAAAAUCGUUGAUUUGGCUGUAAGGUAGAAACCAUGGAGAUGAUUUAUUUGAACUGGAGUCUUUGCUGAGAAAAUGGUGGUGACAGAGCAGAGGUGAUCCACUGGGGCCUCGGAAUCCUGAAGCAUAGCAAUUAGAAGUUGCUGCUUUAUGGAUGGGGGGCGGGAGGGAGGUUACAAUGGCAUUGGGCUUAUGGCAGGAGGUGGCUGUCAUUCUCUCUAGUUUAAAGUUUCUUAUUUUGACUGCUCGUCACCAGAAAGGAGAGGGCACAGACCAAGUUCUCGCUUUCCCACAUCGAGGGGUAGUUGAGUACUGUCUGCCGUCAGAAAGGCCUUGAAGCCUCCAAAACUUGGCUCCUCUCUGAGCUUGGGAGGAAAGUAGAUUUGUGUGUCCCACAGAAAUGGUGAUCAUCACAGUGGUCAAUUGCAGUAAGAGGUGAAAGACAGACUACCAUGUAGACAGAAGAGACCGCAGGCUGUAACAAUGGUGUAUAAUGUUAUCUUUCGGACCUGGUGAUUAAGUUCUGUUCCGAUCUACAUUUGACAGCAUCUUCAUCUGUCUGCUGUGUAAUCUGUCUAAUGUGAUGAGUAUAUUUUUUNCAGGAUGUCACUUUUAGAAUGAAAGGAUGGAUGAGCAUUGCAAGUAUUUCAGGAGUUAAUAAAUUAGUCUUGAACAUGUUAAUUUAUAUAUUUUACAAUGAAACUAAAUCCAAUAUUUUGUGAAGGUGUGCAGCAUCUUUUUUUCUCUGAAUAAUGUCAUGAUGAUGAUUAAAGCAAAGCUGUAUUUCA